AUCUCUCUCAUUUCAUUCACAUUCACUCGCAAUUUCAAAUUGAUGGCUUAUUCCUAUUCAACUCUUCACACCAUCACAUUCCCUUCUUCCCCUUUUCCCUUUCAACGCACACUCACACCAUCUUCUCUCUUUCCAAAACCCGCAAUCUCAAUCAUCAACCCUCGCCUUCUUCUUCGAUCUGAUCACCAUAACAGGCUCCAGAACAUGCAGGUUUCGCGUGUCACCAGCGUCCAAGAUGCUGUUGGAGGAGCCAUGGCUCUCUUCCAAUCGUCUCCUGCCACGUGGCAAUCAUCUCUUCUAAGCAACCUCUUGAUCUUCCUUCUGGGUUCUCCCAUUCUCGUCACUGGCUUGUCCCUCUCCGGCAUCGCUGCAGCUUUUCUGCUCGGAACACUUACUUGGCGUGCUUUUGGCCCUUCUGGGUUCCUCCUCGUUGCCACCUAUUUUAUCAUUGGUACGGCUGCAACGAAGGUCAAAAUGGCACAGAAAGUGGCCCAGGGGGUUGCAGAGAAAAGAAGAGGAAGAAGGGGUCCUGGUAGUGUUAUUGGAUCCAGUGCUGCUGGUUGCGUUUGUGCUUUCCUCGCGAUUUUUGGAGUUGGGGGAGAGGCAUUUUCUCAGCUUUGGAGACUUGGGUUUGUUGCCAGUUUCUGUACCAAGUUGAGUGACACUGUCUCAAGUGAGAUAGGGAAGGCAUAUGGAAAAACAACGUACCUAGUUACAACAUUUAAGGUAGUUCCAAGAGGCACAGAAGGGGCAGUUAGUGUUGAAGGAACCUUGGCUGGAAUUUUAGCAUCCAUAGUUCUUGCCUUUGUUGGAUGUCUCAUGGGUGAGGUUAGUUCACAUGAAGCGAUUAUAUGUGUACUAGCUUCCCAGUUUGCUAAUCUUGGUGAGAGCAUAAUUGGUGCUGCACUUCAAGAGAAGGAAGGAUUUAAAUGGCUUAAUAAUGAUGCAGUCAAUAUCAUCAACAUAUCAUUGGGAAGUAUCAUAGCAGUCUUAAUGCAACAAGCACUCCAGAGCUGGCAUCUCUAAAUUUGCUGCAAGAUUUUCUAGGAGUUCAAUCAUCACAAUGCUGUGGGCCAUCUUGCUAAAGUGCUCAUCUAAAACACCGGCAUUGAGCAUUGGAGGAGUGUUCAUAAAAUUAUUCAUUUAUUUGCCAUUGAAAACUGACUUUCAGAUAUUUAUACUCCUGGAUGAAGCAGUCUUUCCUAACAUGAGAUUGGUCUGAAAGUUUAUUGUGGAUAGAAGCCCUUCUCUUUCUGGUCAUAAUCAAGCAUGUCGGUUGUUAGAAAGAUUAAUAUCAGUGGCAAUCGAAGUAACAGAACUCAAUAGCCUGUAACCAUGAUUUGAGUCUCUUGUAGAUGUAAAUUUCCUUUUCUUGAUCCAGCUUAUUGUCAAGAAAUAGAACAGUUUCUCCUGAGUAUCUGUGUCAUUCUGUUUUUAUUUCUCUUGUAUUUCUAGCAGUUGGGAGGGUGAGAUGGUUGGUUUGUUUUUGUUCUAUGCCUUGAUACAUAUAUUUCUUUUAAAUGUAUGCACUCACUGAAGAGCAUCUAAAAUGUUAGACCUUUAAGAGAAUAGUUGAAGAAUUGCUUCUAG